AUGCUUGGCAAGAUAGUUCAUUUCACCGCUGAUGCUAUUUUGAUAUCCGCAGUGCUUGCUGGAAUCAAACGAAACACUGGACUUCAACCUGCCACCUCCAAAAUUGAAAACAAAGAACUUCGAUCAUACAUCGACAGAUACUUGGGCGUAGGUGAAUGGGUUUUAGAUACUACUACCGUCUUGAUGAGCAACUCGUCGUACUUUGAGCGAAAGCACUAA